GUGUUAGGAUAUAAUUAUGCUAUGAGAUAUAUUUUGUGAAUAUAUUUGUAUAUAUCUUGUUAGGAGUUUUUGGCAUGUUAGGUUAAUGUUGUAAGCCUAUAUAUAUGUGUUUAAUAGUAAAGGCUCAUUAAGCUGUUUUCUCCGAAUUGUUUUAUUGAAGUUUAACAUGGUAUCAAGAGCCCUCUAAAUUAGAGAUUUUUUUACGUUCUUUUCCCAGUUUUUUUUUUUUCCCAAACACAAACCCUAGCUUUGUUUUUCUUUUCCAGAUUGUUUGCAUGUGUUUCUGGUUUGUGCUUCCGCUUUGUGUGUUCUUUGUUGUUCUUCUUGAGUUGUGAUGACUGGUGGUGAUGAUGUUCUGUCUCCUAAGGGCCCUCGCUACGAACCGUUUUCAGCCUACUAUCUCCAUCCGAGUGAAGGUACAGGGGCUGUGAUAAGCCCUAUUAUGUUGAAAGGAGACAACUAUGAGGAGUGGUCUCGUUCUCUACGCAAUAACCUCCGUGCGAAGAACAAACUUGGUUUUAUUGAUGGUACUAUUAAGGUGCCGGAUGCUAAGUCUCCUGAUUUUGAUCAAUGGGGCAUUGUUAAUUCAUGCUUGUUGCUUGGAUUGUUAAUACAUUGGAUGUUUCUGUGCGAUCCACUGUUCGAUUUUCAGACCAUGUCAAGUCUUUGUGGGAUGAUCUACGUGAUAGAUAUUCCCUUGGCAAUGGCCCUCGUAUUCUAGAGUUAAAGGCUCAAAUUGUAGAUUGCAAGCAACGUGGUAGGCCGGUGGCGGUGUAUUUUGGUGAGUUACGUAAAUUACAAGAUGAGUUGGCUAGUUAUGUCAAAAUUUCCAAGUGUACGUGUACAGCUGCUCCUGAAUAUGCUAAAAUUGUUGAGAGUGAAUUACUCCAUCAAUUUUGUAUUGGUUUAGACCCAAAGAAAUUUGGCAGUGUGGUGUCUACUCUCCUCAUGAUGGACCCUAUUCCUUCUCUCAAUGUGGCGUAUGCAAAGGUUGUGUCGGAUGAACGCAAGCAAACUGUCUCGGAUGCUCACGGUAAUCGUCCAGAUGGUGCUGUUGGGUUUGCUGCGUCUGGUACGGCUCAGGGUCGGACUACUUGGUCGAGUAGUGGUGAAUCUCGUGUAUGUGAUCAUUGUGGCAAAAAGGGUCAUGUGAAGGAGAAGUGUUUUGAUCUACAUGGCUGGCCCGAAUCUUUUAAUUCUAGUGGGCGUGGUGGUCAGCGUGGUGGUCGUGGGUCAAGUAGAGGUGGCCGUGGUGGUCGUGCGCAAGGUUCUAGUGGUCGUGGGUUUGCUGGCAGUGUGAGCAGUAGCUCAAAGCAAUAUAAUGGUGAUGAUAUUAAUGAUGUUGACCGUACAAGUGCUCCAACUUUGAGUAAUGAACAGUGGGUUCAAUUUAUGAGUGCUAUUAAGGGUGUAAAAACCCCUCCUUCAACUGACAAUAAUUCUCAUGGACCGCACUUUGGAGAACCUGAUUGGAGCGGGGGUGCAGUAUAAUGGGGUCUAUCUCUUCCGGCCGGUCCGUGCUCGUAGUUUUCAAGUCAAUUCUGUGGUGGUUCCAGAUGCAAGUAUGUUAUGGCAUAGGCGUUUAGGUCAUCCUUCUAUGAAAGUAGUUUCUUCUUUACUUGGAGUAGCUAGUAGUAGUAUGAAUAAAAAGUGUGGUGUGUUUGAUUGUCAUAUUUGUUUUAUGGGUAAACAACCCCGAAACUCUUUUCCUUUGAGUAUGAAUAAAGCAUCUGGUUUGUUUGA